AUGAGGCAUGGUUACCGCAUAAGCCUCAGACACCUUAAGAGGCGGAUCGCCGGACUGGGGCUCAACCGCAGGACAGGCUACACGAAUUUGGGUGUCUCGGUGGACUUCAUCCAGGGCCAGCUACAACAUUCGGGCCAGCUUCAUUGCUACCGCUGGAUGCAUGAGAAGUGUCACCAACACGGACUACGGGUGAGGAAAGAGGACGUGCGGUUGAUCCUGAAGGAACUGGACCCGAGAGGUCCGGACACUCUUGACAGUUACUUGGGGGGUGCAAGCACCGCCAAUCAAAGGAUUGAAUCCUGGUGGGGGUUUCUUCGGCGGCAGUGCGCGGAGUUCUGGAUCGCAUUAUUCGGAGAGCUCAAGGACAACGGGCAUUACGGUGGGGGAUUCUUGGACAAAAGUCUCAUCCAGUUCUGCUGCAUGGGACUUAUUCAGCUAGAGCGUCAAAACCCCGGCAAGUUUGUUUUGAAGAGUACAAUGAGUGUGUUUCGAGUUAAAGAACGGCGUCUUGCCUAUCAAAAGGUGAGAAAUUCAGCGCUACACUGUUGUGUGCCAGAGUGUUCAAACUCAUCCAAAUUCAAUAAGGAAAUUAGCUUCCAUUCAUUCCCUGUUGACUCCGCGCUGAGGGCUGAGUGGAUGAGAACGAUCCGGAGAGAUGACUUCAACCCUACCAAAAACACCCGGGUCUGUAGUAGGCAUUUUAAUGCAACAGAUAUCAUUGUGACUGCCAGUGGGUUGAGAAGGUUACAAAAGGGAACGUUUCCUGUUCUCUUUGAAUGGAAUGGAUACGAACGACCUGUACCCAGACCCAGUGUUUGGGAUCGGCGUCCGCGGCCAGACAUGGAUAUCCCGGAUUCAGGAUCUGACUCCGAGAUGGAAGUUGUGACAGUGGCACCUGAUCACGAUUACUGUGUGAUUCCAGAAACAGGGGAGAGGGCAAGUGUGUUGACUGAAGAGAACGAAGCCUUGCGUCUUCAGAUCAGAGAGUUGCAACACCAGGUCGAGGUGCUACAGCUACGGCAGCGUUUUGGGAUAGAGCGUCUGGUAGGAUCGGACGCGGACAUUCGUUUCUACACCAGGUUUGCGUCCCACUCGCAUUUCAUGGCAUUUUGGAGAUUGGUGGAGCCUGCCGUGAACAGCAAGAUGGUGAGGAUUACCAGCGCCAAAACGACGGCAUCUGCCAGCAGCAGCAACACAGUCUCUCACCAAACAACGAAACUUCCACCUAUUGACGAGCUGCUGCUCUUCCUGAUGCAUCUCUCAGCCGGGUUACUUCUCAGGGACCUUGCAGAGAGGUUCUGUAUCCACCGCAGCACUGCCAGUCGGAUUGUGUCCACUUGGACACACUUCCUGUACUUCCUGCUGGGAAGCCAGCGUCUGUGGAUCCCAUCUGAAGUUGUCAGAGCUCACCUACCACCUGAGUUUUCUGCGUUUGCUGACACACAGGUGGUGCUUGAUUGCACAGAGAUCUCCUGCCAAACGCCCUCUUCUCUUCUCCUGCAGAGUGAAGUGUUUUCCAGCUACAAGUCGCACACAACAUUCAAGGCAAUGAUUGGCAUGGCUCCCCAUGGUGCCAUUACGUUUGUGUCAGGGCUGUAUGCGGGAUCCAUGAGUGAUCGGGAGAUCUUCAAACGUUCUGGAAUUGCGAAGCUGCUGCAGCCAGACAUGGCAAUCAUGGUGGACAAAGGCUUCUUGGUUGACAACCUUGCUGGGUGUAAGGUGUACCGACCUGCUUUUCUCUCUCGCAAAAAGCAAAUGAGUAGAGAGGAUGUUAGGCAGACGCAGUCAAUUGCACGUCUAAGAGUGCAUGUGGAGAGGUGCAUAAGGAGGAUCAAAGAGAACAAACUCUUUGAUAAGGAAAUACCUCUCUCUGUAUGUGGGAACAUUGAGGAGUUGUUCAGUGUGGCCUGCUUCCUGGUCAAUUACCAGAAUGGGCCACUAGUAAAGGCGUGGGCAAGUCAACAGUAA